AUGGCAGGUACAUUAUUCCCAGAUAAGCAAUUUGAAAAAUUCAAUGUUGCUAGAGAAAAGAUGGGUCAUUAUUUUAGAUUCAAACCUCGUUCAGUAUUCUUCAAUAUAAUAUGGAUGGGUAUAAUACCAGUAGGAUUAUUUUAUGUUGCCUAUGGAAAUGAAGGUAAAGUUAGUAUUACUGAUAGAUUUAGAAAAAAACCAAUUUUGGCUAAAGAUUAUGUUCCAAGAAGUAAACAAGAAUAA